GCCCGAGGUCAUCGGCAACAACACGGGCGGCCCCAUGUGGGAGAUCGAGAUGUGUUUGGGGGACAGAGCCAUCAACUCAUCGGACGACAUACAGGUGUGUGAGAUUGAUGACAGCCACACGGAUCCAGAUCACACGCCUGCAUUCAUGGCUUGUGUCCUUGUUAUGCAUGUAAUGCAUCAGAAGUUGCACGCCUUCCGCAACACGUGCCUUGCUGCCGAUGCAGCGGAGGCAUACACCAGCACCGGCACUGAGGGCCUCAAGAUCCACCUCCCCUUCACCGGCGACGCCAAUGCCAUCGCAGCCUCCCUCCCGGCCGUCCAAGUGUGCUGCCAGCAGGCUCACAAAGUCACCCUCGACGGCCAUCCGCUGCCCGGCACCGUGAUGGCAGCUCCGGGGCUUGACGCACUCGCACCGUGUGAGUCGGCGGAGGAGCUCACCGUCAAGGCGAAUGGGUGGCCCGAUGAUCUCCCUGGCUACAUCACUGCCAAUCCUGAGGGCCUCUUCCCAAAUGUGUCGUCGGUUGUCGUGUGUGAGGGAGAGAGGGGCAUGGAGACGUAUGCGGGCGGCGUGUCGGGUGUGCUGAGUGCGUUGUCGUCACUCGAGCGAGCCACGUUUGAGCUGAGCGUCCAGGCGGGCGACCAGCCUGUGCUGUGCAUGGUGCCUGAGGGUGUGAGCCAUCUCCCUGCUGAAGGCGAGAGCAUCACACUGCAGGUCAAGUGCCGUUUUGCCGCACAGCCUGCCUAUGGCCACUUCGGUUUCUAUCACGAUGAGGCCAACAUGCAUCAGAAUGUGUCUGUCGGCUGGCGUGUGUACGGUGGGGAGAGGGAGGCAGGCAGGCAGGUCAUGCAGCGUCGUGUGUCUCGUCUGGAAGUGCAUGUCGACACCACACGAGGAGAUGUAGGCGGCUUUGCGCACCGCCGAUCCUCGUGGCUGUCGGAUGCACAAGCCAAAGAGAUGUUCGCAUCGCUCGCUGAGUGUGUGGUGAGUGCCUUCGAGAGCUUCCCACUGCUGUCGUGUGUUGCGGUUGUGUCCAAGCCCAAGCCGGCUUUUGGCAUGAUGGGCUAUUUGCGUACUCUGUCUAAGAAGCGGUUCAGGUGUUGGGUGGUGGUGGUGGCAAGAACAGUGUUGAGAUGCACCGCGUGGCCAAGAAGAAGGCAGGCAAGGGGGGCAACAAGAGAGACAAGGCCACCAAGGCAGACUGA